CAGUAAUAAUCUUUUAAAGAUAUUUGAAUAGAAAUUCCACCCCCUCAUACAUAGUGUAUUACCCCAGAUUGUUCCAGACAGCUCCAUGAUGGCGACUCUCCUGCGGUUAGGAUUCCGGCGAGGGGUUGGGGCGGUGAGCCGGCUGAGUUGUGCGGCCACGCAGGGGUCACACAAACACGCCUUCAGCUCAGCUUCCUGCUUACAGGCCCCUGCAGUUACCCAGCCUGCACCAGACUUUACAGGCACAGCAGUAGUAAACGGGGAAUUCAAAGAUAUCAGCUUGGUCGACUUCAAGGAUGGAUACCUGGUGCUGCUGUUCUACCCCCUGGACUUCACGUUUGUGUGUCCGACUGAGAUCAUUGCGUUCAGUGAGAAGGCUGAGGAGUUCCAGAAGCUGAAGGCAGAGGUGGUGGGGGUGUCCACGGACUCACACUUCAGUCAUCUGGCAUGGAUCAACACUCCCAGGAAGCAAGGAGGCCUGGGAGAGAUGAAGAUAGCACUGCUGUCUGACUUUAACAAGAAGAUUGCAAGGGACUAUGGAGUGCUGCUGGAGGAUGCUGGGAUUGCUCUCAGGGGCCUGUUCAUCAUUGAUCCCCGUGGGAUCAUCAGACACAUGAGUGUGAACGACCUCCCCGUGGGGCGCUCCGUGGAUGAAACCAUCCGGCUGAUCCAGGCCUUCCAGUUUGUGGAGAAGCACGGAGAGGUGUGUCCUGCAGGCUGGCAGCCGGGCGGAGACACGAUCAAACCAGAUCCAAAGGGAUCGAAGAAGUAUUUUGACAAGUCGAGCUAGAUGUCAGGGGUGAGCAGUCACAGGAUCACUGUCAGCAGGUAGAUGGAAAAAUGUCAUCCCACCCACCAGCAAUUCAUUUGUAAAGCCGUUGAUAAAGUCACAGCCCAUAAGUAUUACCUAACCUUGUGACUAAUAUUUUACAUUUAACAGUUUGCAAACCAGGAAGAAUAGUACAACCUUUGAACAUAAAUACCUAGGUUUGUACAAAGUGGGAAACUAGGCUGUGCCACUUGUGUGUUGCGUGACUAAACUGUAUCAAACUGGACAAAUUUGUGCUAAGUUACUGAGUGAAGCUGUCAAGUACAAAAAUGUAGUCAUAUUUUGUGCACCUAUUAUCAUGUAGCCUACUAUAAAAUUUAUCCAAACUUUUUUGUUGUCACAUCAUGGAGCUUUAAUAGUAUCAAAAUUAUGGCUGGGAUUUGUGUGAUGUGUUGGCUAGUACAAAUGCAAUAUACGGUGUCUCUUCAAGCUCACAUGUGGUCUUUCUUUGCAUUGAUUGUUAAGUUUUAUAGAUGGUAUAAAACUACCGUCAAACCUGUACUAGUGACCACCUCUACAUAAGGACCACCUGGCCAUUGUGACCAUUGGCCACGAUUUGGUGCCCGCUUAAAAAAGUGAGAAAAACAAAAGAUCAAAUACAACUGGAAACAUUUAUUGAUACACAACACAUUUACAAUAUCAUGGCAAAAGCAGAAGAACAACUUUUCUUUAGAACUAAACAAACACAAACAUUGCACCCAAAGUGAAUAUUUCCACUACACUACACAACAGUUCUCCAUUUUUAACGUACUUAAGUAAGUUUAACCAUAUUUCUUUACAUAAGAACAAAGUAACAAACUGUGUGGCACAGCCACAUUGCACCCAGAACAAUCUGGAAACAUUACACAUUGUCUCAAGCAUUACACUUCAAUAUCUCUGCUGUCAGUGCGCUGAAGUAAAUUACUAUAGUAAACACAUACACAGAACAGUACACAUUUACUGUGACUUUGUGAAUGUGUGUGAUUCUGUAUGCGAAAUGGCUUGACAGUUGUGUUCUCUAGAAGCCAUGACUCUGGCGUCUUACAAGGUAAUGUUUUGUAGCCAUGUCCACAAAGGCUAAUAACAUGUAAGUGAUGUACAAUUCAGAAAGCAAGAAGCACCCAUGGUCUUGCAUCAGUGCUGAUUUCAUCAAUCAAAAAGAUGGAGUGCGUCUUGUAGGCACCAUAUUGUAGAAUGCCACUGAUCUACCAUGUACCACUGAAUUUGAUUCUUCAUACUAAUGCUACUCCAAUGGCACUGAAUUACUGCAAUUCUAGAUGGUAAUUGAAUUUAUGCCUCAGAUAUUACUUCUUAGAGGUCCCGUUAUGUAAUUUGCAUGUAUUUCAGCAAAGCAGUCUGGUGAACUGUGGAAAACACUUCAUAGGAUGAUCUUUCUUUUCAUCUGAUUUUCUCUUUGGCACUGGAGGGCUACUGACAAUGGUUUAUAAUCAUGUUUUGUGCUCUUUACUAUAUUUUUUGUGGCUUGUAUAAUCUCUUGUGUUAUAACAUUUGACAACGACACAAUAUAGUUA